AUGCCCACUCUCCUGAUCACAGGUAUCACCUCCUACCUCGCCCCUCACAUCUGCGAACCCUUCCUUCGAGCCGGGUGGGACAUUGUCGGCGUAGUGAGAUCAAAGGCGAAGGGCGAGGCGGUACUGAAGAGUGUAGGGCUCCGAGAAGGUGUGAAAGAAGGGAAAGUGAGGUAUGAGGUUGUGCCAGACUUGGCGACCCUCGGAGAGAAGCAGUGGGUAGAGAUCUUGGGCGGUGUAGAUGCUAUCUGUCUCGCCCACUCGCCCUCGCCCAUGGACUUUUCAGCCAAGAGCUAUGAUCACUUCAGAUCGCCCAGCGUGGAUGCUGUGAAAGUCAUCCUCACUGCUGCUUCCAAAGUCGAUCGUAUCAAAGCGGUGACUCUCGUGGCUUCUUCAUCCGGCGUACUCAACAUAUUGGCUGGACCCGAUGAGCAUGCUGGAAAGAUCUAUACGGCUGAGGAUUAUAUUCCGUGGACGGAGGAGGAUGCUAUCGAUCCCGCUAAGAACUUUCACUCUGGACAUUGGUACUCUAUCUCUAAGAAAUACGGCGAGCUCGCCGCUUUCAAAGUCAAGGAAGAGACCGGCUCAAGCUGGUCUUUGGCAACUUUCCCUACCGAGCGUAUCCUCGGUCCAGUGACACAUGUCUCUUUUCUUGCCGAUCUCAAGAAGGCCCAGGACCCUUCAACGGCGACUCUCGUCCAAGCUCUUCUAGGCGGAAAAGAUGGGGAGUUGCCGUUUGAUUUCAACCCGCUUUACGUUGAUCCUCAAGACGUAGCCCAUGCAGUCUUCUCCGCCACCUCCUCCCACGCCAACGGCCGAUUCCUCCUCACCUCCGGCAAGUUCUCGUAUCAACAAUUUGUCGACUAUGCUCGUAAGGCUCGGCCUGACCUGGGGGAGUGGAUUGUGCAGGGCAAAGAAGGAGGGGGUGUGUUGAAAGAUGUUUAUGGAUUUGAUGCGGGGGAGAGUGAAAGGGUUCUGGGGGUCAAGUAUCAUACGCUCGAAGAGACGGCUAGGAAUACGGUAGCUUCUUUCGAGAAGCUUGGGGCGUACGCUGUCUGA